GGUUUUUUCAAAGGCACAUCCGCUGACCAAGACCGUCGGUUUUCCGACAAGGAGCUCAAGCUGCUCAAGUCCAUGAAGUUUCCCCCAGAGUUUGACAAGAAGGUCCAUCCUCUGCCAUCCAGCUCUUGCCUCAUUGUUGACAUGCGAAAAGUGAACAUCCAGGUCAUACGCCCGUGGAUCGUCAAAAAAGUAAUUGAAUGCGUCGGCUUCGAGGACGAGGUCGUCGUCGAGUACGCCAUGGGCCUCCUCGAAGACCCCGACACGCCGACGCCCGAUCCCAAGAAAAUGCAAAUAAAUUUGACCGGCUUCCUCACCUCCCAGACGACUACGUUUAUGACCGCGCUCUGGAAGCUGCUCAUCGAGGCGCAGGAGUCCCCUGCGGGCGUGCCACAGACGUUUGUCGAGGAGAAGAAGGCCGAGAUGCGCCGUGCCCGU